GCGGCCUGUUCCGGUUCGAGCCACGGCCUAUCGUGAAAUCUGUUUUAAUGGGAAAAACGGCCGUGAGUACAAAUAUACUGAGAUCAUGAGUAGCCGAUAACAGCAUAUACCAAAUGUCAACAUCUGCAUCAUGGGGGACGUGGAUAAAGUAGAGUACAAAAUCCAGGCUUUUGAUGCUGAGACACAGAAUCUUCUCAAGACAGCUCUUAAAGAACCUGGCAGUGUGGAUUUGGAACAAGUGGCUAAUGUGAUUGUGGAGCAGUCUCUGAGAGAUGCCACGUUUAGCAAAGAGGCUGGAAAGAUGUGUUACACUAUUAUACAGGCUGAGAAUAAGAAGACAGGACGUAGUAUUUUCCGCAGCGGACUUUUAAAUCGGCUUCAGAACGAAUAUCGCAACCGGGAUGAAAUGAGGGCUCGCUCAGUGCAUGAGUGGGUGUGCUAUGUGAGUUUUAUCUGCAAUGUCUUCGACUAUCUAAGGGUUAACAACAUGCCGAUGCUGGCACUGGUCAAUCCUGUGUAUGACUGUCUGUUCCAGCUUGCACAGCCCGAAAGUCUGAAAAGGGAAGAGGAGGUAGACUGCUUGGUGCUGCAACUUCACCGUGUCGGGGAGCAGCUGGAGAAAAUGAAUGCCCAGCGUAUGGAUGAGCUCUUUUUCUUACUGAGAGACAGCUUUCUCUUGCAGAAUGGUUUGAGUUCACUCACCCAGCUCUUAUUGCUUGAGAUGAUUGAAUUUCGAGCCGCCGGCUGGAAGAUGACAGCUGCUGCACACAAGUAUUACUACAGUGAGGUGUCCGAGUGACUCUCACUUUGGAUA